CACAACAAAAAAUUUGUGGUGAUCGCGCAAAAAGUUUUUGGCGCUACGUAUUUUUCGCGUUCUAUCUACGGCAAGGUGCUCGUUAGCCACGUCGUCGCCUCGUCCAGGAUUCGGCGGCCCGUCGACGGCGCGAAACUGCACAAUUACGCAAGAGUUAUAGGGCAAUUCCAGCGUUCACAAUGGCAGGAGAGCAGCAACAGUUUUUUCUCAAAUGGAAUGACUUCCAAUCGAACAUGGUGUCUUCAUUUAAACACCUGCGAGAUGAGAAAAGCUUCACGGAUGUGACAUUGGCUUGCGAUGGUCAGACUUGUAAAGCGCAUAAAAUGGUCUUGUCUGCUUGUAGUCCUUACUUCAAAUCCUUAUUAGAGGAAAAUCCGUCCAAACACCCAAUUAUAAUUCUAAAGGACGUUGCGUACAGUCAUCUACAAGCCAUCCUAGAAUUCAUGUAUGCAGGUGAAGUAAAUGUCUCGCAAGAUCAGCUACCAGCAUUUCUCAAAACAGCAGACCGGCUUAAAGUUAAAGGACUAGCUGAAGCUCCCGGUGCCAUUAAGAGAGAAGGUUAAAAAUACACACGUAAAAUACGGUAUUUGAAAAGUGUAUGGACUGAAAAAACAGUGUAAUAAUGUAAAGUGAUUGAGUAAAACACGUACUACACAACAUAAACACACAACACAACAUACGUUAUAAAUAUAUAGAGACAUAUGUAAAAAAAAGUUUAAACACUGCGUGUGCACAACUCGGUGUCCUACGGUUCAUGACUUAGAUCAACACGCGGUGAUGAUGUAAAAUAAUGCCUUUUUCUUAUUCUCAGUUAAUGUUAACUGGUUGUAUUGAUAGUAUGUACACAUACAUGCAAGUAGAGAAAAAAUGUUGAUGUUUGUCUUGAACCCGUUACGCCAUAUUGGCAAUAAUAACAACACAUUGAUUAUUUUUUUAAAAUGAAUCAUUGCGAAUUAAUCGCGAUAGUUUACAAUACAUACUGACCGGGGCAAUCUUGGUGGAUCAAGUAGAAAAUGUUAAGAACACCUGUUACAAUGCCUGUUUUUUCAAGCCGAUCUACCUGACUCGUAACACUCCCUUAUUGAUUCUAUUUGGUAGAUCUAUUCACGAAGUAGCGUUAUCUUAUAUUAUCCUAAUUAUUUCUGUCGUUUGUUUUUGUCGCGCGUUAGCUGUUAUACUUAAUUUAUCUGCGACAUGUUGAAAAUUAUAAAAAUAAGUCCAAUUUUUUAAGUAGAAAUCUCUCUACUAUGUUUUUAUUAUUCAUUUUUGCAAAUUAUCAUGGGGAUGGUUAUGGAGAUCGAUCUCACAGGGCAUUAACAAUCUUAUAUCGUACUAAAUUGUGUAUGAAUACUAAUUAAAUAAUGACAAAUGAAAGUAUUUAUUGGCAUCCAAUAGGGAAAUUUUGCUUCUAUCGUGGAUAGAUUUGCGAAACCCCCGGCAAAUCAUUUAAAGAAUGUCAAAUCAGGUUUACUGGAAGUAGUAACGUGCGCGUUUAAAUCAUUCUUAUUUGUCAGUUUUAAGAUACUGUUCUUUUGCAUUUGUGUGAAAUGUGCAAAAAAAAAGGAGAAAAUAACUACAAAAUAUGAAAGGAAUUGUAAUACCAUAAUUAAUCUCCGUACAAGUUACCUCUUCUAGUGAUCAUGAUUCUUAACCAAAUACUGCCAGUGUUUGUACCGGCGUAUUCACAAUAUUACCGAUAUAGACCAAAUUUAUUUAUGAUAAUAAUAUAUUAAGGAUUGAAUGUCUUAAAUUGAGGGAAGGUUAUUGUAAUAUAAGCGAAGUAAAUUUUUGUAAAGUCGGAGCGCACAGUUCCUUUUCCCUUUUGAACAACUAGGACGCUCGGAAAAGUCUAGAAAGGCAGUCAGGAAACAUUAUCGAGUUAAGGAUGUAAACAUUUAUUUGUUAUAGAAGAUGUCAUGUUUCU